CUGUAGUUUGUGGAAGGAAGUCGUGUGUCUGACGUCCCUGGCGUGGAACUGUGCUUGGUGAGGAUGAACGGGAAGCGGCCCGCAGAUCCGGGCCCCGCGCGGCCAGUGAAGAAGGGAAAAAAGCAGGUAGCGGCGGAGUUUUCGGACGCUGUCACGGAAGAAACAGUGAGGAAGCAGGUGGCUGAGGCCUGGAGCUGCCGGACGCCAUUCAGCCAUGAAGCUAUUGUCUUGGACAUGGAUCCUUUUCUUCAUUGUGUAAUCCCAAACUUCAUCCAAAGCCAAGACUUCCUGGAAGGACUUCAGAAGGAACUUUUGAGUCUGGACUUCCAUGAAAAGUACAAUGAUUUAUAUAAGUUCCAGCAGUCUGAUGAUUUGAAGAAGAGAAAAGAGCCUCAUAUCUCAGCUUUAAGGAAACUUAUGUUUGAAGAUUUUCGGGACUGGCUUUCUAAGGUUUCCAGCAUUGACCUAGAACCAACCAUUGACAUGUCCUGUGCUAAAUAUGAAUUCACUGAUGCUCUGCUCUGCCAUGACGAUGAGCUGGAGGGUCGCCGGAUCGCUUUCAUUCUGUACCUGGUUCCAUCCUGGGACAGGAACUUGGGGGGCACCCUGGAUCUUUACGACACUGAUGAACACUUUCAGCCAAAGCAGAUUGUCAAGUCUCUUCUCCCUUCAUGGAACAAACUGGUUUUCUUUGAAGUAUCUCCAGUAUCCUUUCACCAGGUGUCUGAAGUCCUGAGUGAAGAAACAUCACGUUUAUCUAUAAGUGGCUGGUUUCAUGGUCCUUCGUUAACCAGGCCUCCCACCUACUUUGAACCCCCGAUCCCUCGAAACCCUCAUAUCCCACAAGAUCAUGAAAUUCUUUAUGAGUGGAUCAACCCUGCUUAUCUGGAAAUGGAUUAUCAAAUGCAAAUUCAAGAAGAAUUUGAGGAAAGGUCUGAAAUUCUCCUGAAGGAGUUUCUUAAGCCUGAGAAAUUUGCAAAGGUCUGUGAUGCCUUGGAGAAAGGAGAUGUGGAAUGGAGUAGCUGUGGUCCUCCAAAUAGAAGGUUUUAUGAGAGAGCAGAAGAAAGCAACCUCCCUGAUGUACUGAAGGAGUGCAUGGGCUUGUUUCGCUCUGAGGCUCUGUUCUUGUUGCUCUCCAACUUCACUGGCCUGAAGCUCCACUUCUUGGCCCCAUCAGAAGAUGAGCUUGAGGACAAAGGAGACGGGGAAGCCGCCUGUGCUGCUGAUGGCACUGAAGAAGGGACCAGCCAGAGCCCCUCAGAGCCCGAGAAUAAACAGGCAGCUGUUGGCAGCCACAGUCAAGAGAGUGGUGAACAGGCAGAUCCGGAACCACAGGAAGAUGAAGCAAAGAAAGAAUCAGGCAUUCCCACUUGCCAGGGGGAGCUGAGGCAUUGGAAGACUGGUCAUUACACUUUAGUCCACGACAACAGCAAGACUGAAUUUGCUUUGGACCUGUUUCUGUACUGUGGCUGUGAAGGCUGGGAGCCAGAAUAUGGCGGCUUUACUUCCUACAUUGCCAAAGGUGAAGAUGAAGAGCUGCUCAUAGUGAAUCCAGAAAACAAUUCCUUGGCAUUGGUCUAUAGAGAUAGAGAAACAAUGAAAUUUGUGAAGCACAUUAACCACCGAAGCCUGGAGCAAAAGAAAACCUUCCCAAACAGAAGUGGUUUCUGGGACUUUGCAUUUGUCUAUUAUGAGUAACAGGACUGGGCAAAGCCAACUAGCAUCACUUCAUCAUGCUGGGAAACCUGGAGUCUUCGUGGAGUGAAGGAAGCAUGCAGAGGCUAAGGCUGUCCUUACUGGCUAUGGUAGUGCACACCUGUAGUGCCAGCCUUGGGAGGCAGAGGAAGGAGGACCUCCAGUUCCAAGGUCAGUGUGGUCUUUACAGUGAGACCCUGUCCCAUAACAAAACAAAUCUGGGUCAUCCUUUUAUGGAACUCAGGAUUGUCCUCAACCUAGACAUUGGCCUCCCGCUAUGUCCAUAUCCCUUGUUUUUUUUAAACCCCCCUCCCACUCCAUUGAAUUCUUUUCUAUAGUGACUGCCUCAGCAACUUCCUUCUAACUUUAGUGUUUUUUGUUUUUUUGUUUUUGUGGUAAAAUAUAUAAUAACAUAAAAUUUAGCAGGGUAACUUUUUUAUCUUUUGGUUUGAGGUUGUUUUGGUUUUGAUAGGAUUUUACCAUGUAGCCCAGGCUAGCUCUGAACCACUGAUUCUUCCACCUCAAUCUCCAAGUGCUGGAAUUAUAGAGCCACCAUGCCCACCAGUUCUUGCAUGUAUAGGCCAGUGGAAUUGAGCACACUGACAAUGCUCCAAUGCAUCCAUCACUGCCAUUCUUAUCCACUGUUUUCUAUAUUGCCAUAGUGAAAUUCCAUGCCCUUUGGACAGUCUCACUUUUUCCUGCCCCUGCUUUGCCCCAUGGAGCUGUGACAUAGCUCUUCCCACUGGUGGGUAUACACAGUGGCUGAAAGAUGUUCCCAACACACACACACACACACACACCCGUGUCCUUUGCUGCUUUAUCAAUUUCUGACUAUCCUUGCAGGUUUCAGUGGGGACUUUACUUAUUAGUAGGAAAAGCAGUGGACCUGGAUGUGGAGACUCAGACCCAGACCUUGCUACACCUCCAGUCAUUCUUACUUUCUUUUUCUUUGUUUUGUUUUUUUGUUUGUUUGUUUGUUUUCUGAGACAGGUACUCACUCUGCAGGCCAGGCUGACCUUAAACUCAAGGCUCCUAUGUAGUAGGAUUACAGCAGUAUAUUACUAUAUCCAGCUCCCUUAGUUUUUUGUGUAUUCUCAUGAAUGGGGGAGAAAGAAUGAGUUUAGCUAACAUUUUGUCUGUGGAUUGACUCCAGGAAAACCCAGGGGAAAAUGCUAGAUAAUGAAAGCAUCGUGUGAGCCAAAGCAUACAUCUCUUAGCAUUAUCCAACACCAGCCAGCCUUUCCAGUUCUGGAGACCUAUGUCUGAAUCUUUUUUUUUUGAAAGAUUUUAUUUAUUAUGUAUACAACAUUCUGCUUCCAUGUAUGUCUGCACACUAGAAGAGGGCACCAGAUCUCAUCGCAGAUGGUUGUGAGCAACCAUGGGGUUGCUGGGAAUUGAACUCAGGACCUCUGGAAGAGCAGUCAGUGCUCUUAACCUGUGAGCCAUCUCUCCAGCCCCUAUGUCUGAAUCUUAAUCUGUCUCCUUUAUCUCCAUAUGCUUAUGGUCUGUCACCACAGCAGGACCUUUACAAGACUGAGUUGAAAUGCCUGAAUGGAAAGAACCCUGAAGGGUCCUUGUGUCUUUGCAGAGCCUCCAGGCCUGCAAGAGCAAUAGGACCUGCGGGUUGCCUCUUGCUCUGAUGACACAGUUGCUUUUCUUCAUUUGUCAUGUGCCACAUCAUUGAUGUUUCAGUGAGAUGAAUGGCGUAUGACAGUGGGCCCGCAAGAGCUGAAAGAUUCCUAUACUCCCAAUCGCUCGUGAUCAUGGUGAUGACACCUUUGCUGCCACUCCAUGAGAGUACAGCACAUGCAGCUGUGCAAAGAACUGUUAAUAGCAGGUCACCAUUUUUGUGUGCUUGUCACACACUGCCUGCACAGAGUGCACUGGUGCUAAGGCAUUAACUCCCAUGUGGCUUCAGGCAGGUUCUUCACAAGGUAUUCCAUGGUUUGGGGGGCUGGCAUUUCUGUGCAUAUUACUGCCGCUGAAGACCACAGUAGAACAGAAGAGAAGAACAGCAGAACAGGGGGAAGGCAGUGAUGAUGAUGACAAUCCUAAGUGUGUGGGCCUGAGCCAGUGUGUGUGUCUUAGUUUUUAACAGAAAUUUCAGAAAGUUUUUUUUAAAAAGAUUUGAAAAUAACUUGAAGGAAAUAUUUUUGUACAGUUAUACAAUGUAAAGUGUUAUAAGUCAAAAUUGUAAAAAUUAUAGUUUAAAAUAAAGGAGUUCUAUCACAUAAGCUAA